AGGCGAGGUCCUAACAAGAAACCACGUAAACAGAGCUCUGUGUCCUUUUCUGCAUCAACAUGAAUCACCCACGUAUAACUAUAAACCUCGGUGAGUCCCUUCCGCCCUGUGUUGAGAUUUGAACUGUAGCUCCUGUUCUUAAGCUUUUUAACAAUGGCGCUUGGAAGAGUUGGAAGAAGCUUCAUGGCUCCUAUUUUAGCAGUCAACCUGGUGGUUCAUCUGAUCGUGGUUGGAUUGGCUGGUUGGUCACUUGAUAAGUACAUCGACGGCGAACAAAAUCACCCACACUUGGGAGGGAAUACAUCGACUAACUUUAUGUUAAUCUUUGCUCUAUCUGCCGGAGCGUUUGGUGCUUGCUCUGUAAUUAUAGGGAUGAUGCAUCUGCAGGCAUGGCAGCACGAAAGUCAUGCUGCUGCAGCUUCUUUAGCCAUUAUUUCCUGGGCUAUGAUAGCACUGGCUUUCGGUUUUGUAUGUAAGGAGCUCAUAUUAGGGGGACACAGAGGAAAACGAUUGCAAACAUUGGAACUUUUAAUUGCAAUAUCAUUACCAAGUCAAUUGCUGUACUUGGUGCUACUGAAUGCUGGGCUGUUCAAGAGGAGAAAUGGACCAACUGUUGUCUGAGUUCUGUGCCUCUCACUACCAAGUGUUUAGUUAUCUCUUAGCUGAUAGCCACGCUUUGUAUUGUGUAUCAGUUUCAAGGAACUUGUAAAAUUUUCAAUGUACAUUUCGCUUGCCGUAGCA